GUGUGUGCGUGUGGAGGAAGUUGAGCUGCUGCUGCACUAACACACAUCAUGGUUGCUCAAUAACACAAUAUAAAGGUUAUGGCAGUGACUGUAAAAGCCAGUGACACUGCAACACACCACUACUGUCUCUGUGUUCAUCCAGGAGGAGAGUUUAGCUUUCAACUCGACUCUGAAGAGAGCUUUCUUGGAAGAAAUUGAUACAUAAACUCACAUCCGCUCCUCUCUGGUUGCUACACUACGACACACUAAGUCUAUUAGUCUCUGGUUGCUACAUUGCAUUAGUCUGGGACUAACAGCUGAUAUCCGGUGGUGCAGUCAGGAUAUAAAACGACAAUGUGCUCGGUAAUCAUCAGCAGCAGCAGGGUGAGACCUUUUCAACGAGCUCUGGCUCUCUCGCUUCGCCUCAGAGCAAACAACAACAACACCGAGGGCUCGAGUUCCGCAGCAGCCGACAGAAGGCUCCUCUGCUCGGCAGUGAGAGCUGGCGUUGAGCCGCUGAGAGCUACCAGCAGGAGAUCCUACUGCUGCAGGACGGAGCUGACCAGAGGACUGCUCUUCAGACAGCUGUUUGAACCGGAGAGCAGCACCUACACCUACCUGCUGGCAGACACGGAGACCAAGGAGGCGAUCGUCAUCGAUCCUGUACUGGAGACUAUUGAAAGGGACCUGAAGCUCAUACAUGAACUGGGGUUCAAUCUAAAAGUGGCAGUUAACACCCACUGCCAUGCGGACCACAUCACAAGCACUGGGCUGAUGAAGAAAAGAUUGGUUGGGCUGAAGAGUGCUAUCUCCAAGUUCAGCGGUGCCUCUGCAGACAUCCUCCUGUCGGAGGGAGACGAGAUCUCCUUUGGAAAACAUUAUCUGACAGUGAGAGAGACACCAGGACACACUGAUGGGUGUAUGACGCUGGUAUCAAGGGAUCAAAGCAUGGCCUUUACUGGGGACGCUCUGCUCAUCAGAGGCUGUGGCAGGACAGACUUCCAGCAGGGCUGUGCUAAGAAGCUCUAUGAGUCGGUCCAUCAGAAGAUCUUUACUCUGCCCGAUCAGUGCCUCGUCUACCCAGCACACGACUACUUAGGUCAGACGGCGUCUACGGUCGGUGAGGAGCGCAAGUUUAACCCGCGCUUGACCAAGAGCCUGGAAGAGUUUGUGAACAUCAUGAAGAACCUGAAUCUCCCUAAGCCUAAGAAAAUAGAUAUUUCAGUGCCUGCUAAUCUGGUUUGUGGAGUACAUGAAGUCUGAGUGUCCUCCAAAAGGGAGGUUUUUAAUCAAAUAAGGUACAUCAUAGAAUCAACUUUAUUGGCCAAGUGUGUGUACAAACACAUCACACACAGGCAUUUGACUGAUUUUGCACAUAGAAAAUUAAUCAACGUUCACAGAUACAAAAUCUGAACGGGAUUAGCCAAAAACUGCUUACCAUGAAGUGCUUUAUCGUGUGUAUUUAUGUAAAUGUAAAGAUGUAUAUUUGAAUAGCUGUUGCCAUUUGUAGCGCAGCUACUGAUGUAAUUGUGAAAAUGCUUGAAAUACAAAUGCAAUCAGUUCUAUUUUAACUAUUAGAAAUGAUUGCUUAAGAUGUGUACAUGAGGGAAAAAACACUAUUAAUAUUGUUUUUGUAUUUUGAUUAAAUUGAAAUGUGACUUGC